UUUUCGAAGGUUACAUAAGGCGGCCCGGGGUGGCGGCCGCGGCCGGGAGCGCGCGUCCGUCGAAGGGGGAAAGGGGCGUGGGGACGGCAGCGGCGGCCGGGACCCCCGGGGCGUGAGUGCGGCGCCGCCGGCCUAGGUGGGCGCGGCGCGCGGGCGAGCGCAGGGCGCGGCGGAGUCGGGUUUCAGAGCGCGGGUGACUCAGGGCGCGGGCCGGGAGCCGGGAGCCGGGAGCCUGCCUGCCGCCGCCGCCGCUGCCCAGCGCCGCCUUUGUUCGCUGCAGGAAGAGCGAGCGGCGGCCAGCGCUCAGCCGGGCGCACAGUGCCUUCGGGGGACUCGGCUGGCCUGCGAGAUGGCGCCAAGGAGGAACGGACGGUGGUGGCCCCUGCUGUUGCUGCUUUCGGUCUCCGCGCUUCUCCCCUCUGUCACCCGGACCCGCUCCGCGACAGAAUCGGUUUCUCCGGGCCACCUGGACCUCACGGAGCUCAUCGGUGUCCCCCUGCCCUCAUCCGUGUCGUUUGUCACGGGCUAUGGUGGCUUCCCAGCCUACAGCUUCGGGCCUGGUGCCAACGUCGGCCGCCCGGCCAGGACCCUCAUCCCUCCCACCUUCUUCAGGGACUUUGCCAUCACCGUCACGGUGAAGCCCAGCAGCGCCACAGGCGGUGUGCUCUUUGCUAUCACGGAUGCCUUCCAGAAGGUCAUCUACCUGGGCCUGCGGCUCUCGGGUGUGGAGGAUGGCCGCCAGCGGAUCAUCGUCUACUACACAGAGCCAGGCUCCCACGUGUCCCACGAGGCUGCUGCCUUCCUAGUGCCCGUGAUGACCCACAGGUGGAACCGCUUUGCAGUGAUUGUCCAGGGCGAGGAAGUGACCCUCUUCAUGGACUGUGAGGAGCACAGCCACGUCCCCUUCCAGCGGUCCUCCCGGGCCUUGGCUUUCGAGCCCAGCGCGGGAAUCUUCGUGGGCAAUGCAGGAGCCACGGGGCUGGAGAGAUUCACCGGCUCCAUACAGCAGCUCACUGUCCACCCGGACCCCAGGACCCCUGAGGAGCUGUGUGAAGCCGAUGAGUCCUCGGGGUCGGGAGAGACCAGUGGGCUUCAGGAGACAGAGGGAGUGGCUGAGAUCUUAGAAGCUGUCACCUACACUCAAGCCCCGUCUAAAGAAGCAAAAGUGGAACCCAUAAACACACCUCCGACUCCAUCCACUCCUUCUGAUGAUGGGGAGCUUUCCGGAGAGCCUGUACCUGAGGGGACUCCAGAAACCACCAACUUGAGUGUCAUCCUGCACAGCAGCCCUGAGCAAGGGUCUGGUGAGAUCCUGAACGACACACUGGAGGGAGUUCAUACUGUGGACGGUGCCCCCGUUACAGACGUUGGCUCGGGGGAUGGGACCCUCAUCCGUGUCACUGAAGAGAGUGUGCACACUGAAGAAGGUUUGGCAGCCACAGCAGCGGCCGGGGAGGCGGAGGUGCCCAUCAGCACCGCUGGGGAAGCGGAGGCCAGCAGUGCACCCACCAGGGGGCCAGCCCUGUCCUUGUCCACUGAGGACAUGGGGGAAGGGGUCACUCCAGGUGCAGAUGCUGAAGAAGGCUCGGCAGCCACAGCAGCUGAAGAGGCCGAGGUGCCCGUCAGCACGGCUGGGGAAGUGGAGGCCGGCAGCGUGCCCACGGCGGGGGUGACCCUCUCCGUGUCCACCCAGGGCCUAGGGGAACGGGUGACACUGGGUCCAGUCGGUGAAGAAACAUUAACAACAGCAGCAGCUGCAGCAGAAGCGUCCCUCAGCACUUCUGAAGAAGAGGAAGCUCGUGGUGUCCCUACAGACGGCCUGGCUCCCCUCGCACCCACAGCGGCCCCUGAGCAAGAGGUCACUUCUGGUCCUGGCGAUGAGGAAGACCUAGCAGCCGCCUCCACGGAGGAGCCCAUCCCCGUGGCUGUGGCAGAAGAGCUGGACAGCACCCUCCCUGAGGGGCCCCCACUUCCCGUACCCACAGUGGUUUCUGAAAGAACGGUCACUCCUGGUGAAGCUGGGGAGGGGCUUCCUGGCCACCCUGAACCUGUCAGGCCUACUGCAGCCACGGUGAGCGCUGAGGCCGAGGGCUCUGGCCUGGGCUGGGGAUCAGACGUCGGCUCUGGCUCUGGGGACCUCGUGCGCACUGAGGAGCUGUUAAGAGGUCCCCCAGGUCCCCCGGGCCCACCCGGCUCACCUGGGAUUCCAGGAAAACCAGGAACUGAUGUUUUCAUGGGACCCCCUGGAUCACCUGGAAAGGAUGGAGCUGCUGGUGAACCUGGGCCCCCGGGCCCUGAGGGACAGCCUGGACCCGAUGGAGCCUCCGGCCUUCCUGGGAUGAAGGGGGAGAAGGGAGCAAGAGGGCCUAACGGGUCAGCCGGUGAAAAGGGUGACCCUGGCAGCAGAGGCUUACCAGGACCUCCGGGGAAAAACGGACAAGUUGGCGCUCCUGGGGUCAUGGGACCCCCAGGGCCUCCUGGACCCCCAGGGCCCCCAGGCCCUGGAUGUGCAAUGGGACUUGGAUUUGAGGAUACCGAAGGGUCUGGAAGCAUCAGGCUGUUGCAUGAACCCAGGAUCUCUGGACCAGCGGUUUCAAGUGGUCCCAAAGGAGAAAAAGGAGACCAGGGGCCCAAGGGUGACAGAGGGAUGGAUGGAGCCAGCAUUGUGGGACCCCCUGGGCCCAGGGGGCCGCCAGGGCGCAUCAAGGUCUUGUCCAGUUCUUUGGUUAACAUCACCCACGGGUUCCUGAAUCUCUCGGAUAUCCCUGAGCUCAUUGGGCCUCCGGGUCCGGAGGGCAUACCUGGGCUGCCGGGAUUUCCAGGCCCUCGUGGACCAAAAGGUGACACCGGUGUGCCUGGAUUUCCAGGACUAAAAGGAGAACAGGGAGAGAAGGGAGAGCCAGGUGCCAUCCUCACCGGGGACAUUCCUCUGGAACGGCUGCAGGGGAGAAAGGGUGAACCUGGUGUGCAUGGAGCCCCCGGACCAAUGGGGCCCAAAGGACCACCAGGACACAAAGGAGAGUUUGGCCUCCCCGGACGACCCGGUCGUCCGGGACUGAAUGGCCUCAAGGGCGCCAAGGGAGACCGAGGGGUCAUGAUGCCGGGCCCACCUGGCUUACCUGGUCCUCCAGGGCCCCCUGGACCCCCUGGAGCUGUGAUCAACAUCAAAGGAGCUGUCUUCCCAAUACCAGUCCGGCCACACUGCAAAACACCGGUUGAUACCACUCAUCCUGGGAAUUCAGAACUCAUCACCUUUCAUGGUGUUAAAGGAGAAAAAGGAUCCUGGGGUCUUCCCGGCUCAAAAGGAGAAAAAGGCGACCAGGGGGCCCAGGGACCACCAGGCCCUCCAGUGGACCCGACUUACCUGAGAUACCUUCUAAACAGUUUGAAGGGGGAGAAUGGAGACAGGGGGAUCAAAGGAGAAAAAGGAGACUCUCAUGGUGACUUCUUUGUGUCAGGGCCUCCAGGACUACCAGGAAGUCCCGGCCUGGUUGGGCAGAAAGGGGAGACUGUCGUCGGGCCCCAGGGACCCCCUGGUGCUCCUGGCCUGCCUGGGCCUCCUGGCUUUGGAAGACCUGGUUCACCUGGGCCACCGGGCCCCCCAGGGCCACCAGGACCACCAGCUAUCCUCGGAGCAGCUGUGGCCCUUCCAGGCCCACCCGGCCCUCCAGGACAGCCAGGGCUUCCCGGAUCCAGAAACCUGGUUACGGCAUUUAGCAGCAUGGAUGAUAUGCUGCAGAAAGCACAUUUGGUUAUCGAAGGGACGUUCAUCUACCUGAGGGACAGCACGGACUUCUUUAUUCGUGUCCGAGAUGGGUGGAAGAAAUUGCAGCUGGGAGAACUGAUCCCCAUUCCCGAGGACAGCCCACCGCCUCCUGCGCUCUCCAGCAAUCCCCAUCAGCCACAGCCUCCACUGAUGUCUCUGUCAAGUGUCAAUUACCAGAGGCCUGCACUGCACUUGGUCGCUCUGAACACGCCAUUUUCUGGAGACAUUCGAGCUGACUUUCAGUGCUUCCAGCAGGCCAGGGCUGCGGGACUGUUGUCCACCUAUCGAGCAUUCUUAUCGUCCCAUUUGCAAGACCUCUCCACGGUUGUGAGGAAAGCAGAGAGAUAUAGCCUUCCAAUAGUGAACCUCAAGGGCCAAGUACUUUUCAAUAAUUGGGACUCAAUUUUUUCUGGCCACGGAGGUCAGUUCAAUACACAUGUUCCAAUAUACUCGUUUGAUGGCCGAGACGUGAUGACAGAUCCUUCCUGGCCCCAGAAGGUCAUCUGGCACGGCUCCAGCACCCAUGGAGUACGUCUUGUGGAUAAGUACUGUGAAGCGUGGCGAACCGCCGACAUGGCUGUCAUGGGACUGGCCUCCCCACUGAGCACAGGGAAGAUUCUGGACCAGAAAGCAUAUAGCUGUGCUAAUAGGCUAAUUGUUCUGUGUAUCGAAAACAGUUUCAUGACAGAUGCUAGGAAGUAAUGACCCUCCAAUGAUUCUUAAGAGUUUUCCAAUUUUUCUUAUGUGAAGAGCCAACACUGAAAUCGAAAAUGUUUAAAUGUUGUAAAUAUUAAUUGUUUAUUACACAUCCGUCACAACAGCAGCCAAAGAAAACAUACCUCAAUACACUCAAAACUGAAGACAAAAAGGACUCAGAUCAAAAGUAAAAUCUGAUCCAUCUAUCGGUGCUAUAGAUUCUGCAGGAGACCCCAUGCAGUGUGAACACAUCCCAGCACGGUUAAGAGCGAGUUGAAAACAAAGGCCUUGGCUUUCUGCCCACUGCAUCCUUCAGAAAGUAAUUUCUUCCUUUAACCAUUGUUGUUGAGUGUAAGAUGUACUUCAUGUUUUCUCACAAAGUCAGUGUUUAGAAAUGUUACCCUAAGUUAUGUGCAGACCGAAUGCUUUAUUCUCCAUACAUCCAUAAUAUACAUCCGUCCUUUGCUGUUCAUACAAAGACACAGAACUGCUCAAAUGAUCCUAUUUGUAUUUUCUGAUAUUACCAGACCCUAAUGUUUAUUUCCUAAAAUAUUUUUGCCAUCAUGCUUUAGGAGUUUUAGAUUUUUACACAAUAUUUUAGUAUGGCAUCUGUUUAUAUAACUCCGACUUGCUGGAAAAGGUUGAACUCCAAAUUAUCUGAAACUAGAAAAGAAAUAAUGUGUAAGACUACCUUUCCCUUGGCAGGCCCUCCCCACCCUCUGCCCCAGAUUUUAUGACUUUCGCGGGGCAACUCUCGAAUUAUAACGGCGUUGAACAAACAGGUUCAUGAGGAUGAAUUUUCUGAGACACGUAUAUAUUUGUGCUAUAUGCUUUGAUUUUUUUCCAUGUAAGUGAACAUAAAAACGUCUUUUCCA